GGGACAGCAUGAUUUGGCUCUAAUACCUGCUACGGAUGUUAACUGCCCGAAUAAAGUUACGAAACUAGACAUAGAGAUCAAAGUGAUCAUACCGAAAGGCCUGAUUUGGGCCAUCGACAAGAACAAUCCUGACGUUACGUUAUGGCACUACCAGGCAUGCACGAGAGACAGUUAUACGUGCAGGAAAAUCACAGUCCGAAGAAUUGGUUAGAUGCAGCUCCUAGAGAUACCCAACGUACGAAAUACCCGUGGCAUCCACAUCCGGCUGUAGCGACUGCGUUAAUAAGCACUGUGCCAGGUAAAGAUAACUUCAAUGAAGUUGAAACGUAUGAAGUACAAAGUACUUCCGCACUAUCUGUGUUGUACAAUUCAGAAUAUAUUAACGGUAACGGAUUUUAUCUGUACUCGAAGGAUCAGCUAUCCGAACAACCGGGUAAUAACCAUACCAAUCCUAACGUUCCACUUCUCACUGGAACGGAAAAACCUAUGCUAAUCUACGAGAAGGAAAGGGAAGAUGAUACGCCUGUUCAAGUCGAUAUAGUCGAGUUAAUAAUAACGUCCUUUUGGAAUUGGAAAGAAGGUAAUUUGCUAGUACCGUUUACAUUUCUGAUAAUGAUGAUGACCUAUAUGCUGUUCCAUUGUUUCUCGAGUACAAUGGCAGUCGCUAAAGAUGCCGUGCUUCCGCCUUUGAUAGUGGAAAGACACGUGGAGAUCAAAAGCAACGAUUCGAGCAACGACGACGGGAAAAAUGCCAACAACUUUAAUUCGCGUUACCUAACGGACUUCGAGCCGGUCGACUGCUUGGGAAAGGGUGGAUACGGAGUGGUCUUCGAAGCCAAGAAUAAAAUUGACGAUUGCAAUUACGCUAUCAAGAGGAUAGCCUUGCCAAACAGCCAAGAUUCCAGGGAACGCGUGAUGAGAGAAGUGAAGGCACUAGCGAAACUGGAUCACCAGAAUAUCGUAAGAUACUUCAACGCCUGGCUAGAAUGCCCGCCUAAGGGAUGGCAGGAGGAGCACGAUCGGCAAUGGAUCGCUAAGCUAAAAUCGUCGUCGGGGUCUUUAGAGAUAACUCGUACUAGCACAGUGAAAACUAGCGGUUCCGUGCACAUCAAUGUUUCACAAACCGGUACAUCUUCCGUAGACAGUGCCUGUGAGGCCUUGAAGUUGAACAAUGUAGAGACGAGUGACGACUCGUUCAUCGUAUUUGAAAAAUCGUCAGAUAAUUAUCGGUACGACAACGACGCGAUCUGCAUUAACGGUUGCAGUACCGAUAGUUCGGGCGAGUCCUUUUCAAGUAGCGAGACCGAGAAAGAGUUAGCUGACAUAGCUGACGACACUGAUCAUUCCGAGAGCAUCGCGUUCGAGAACACCGAAAGCGAUGCCGAUGCCGAUGACACUGCCGAAAAGAAUGAGAAACGCAAGCGCCAGCAGUCGUUUUCCCUGGAUCUGAAAGGCAAGUCCAAUCACGAUCACAAAUCAGCAAAAAUGUUCCUGUACAUACAAAUGCAGCUGUGCCAAAGACUCAGUCUCCGAGAGUGGCUGAAGCAGCACACGUCGGUGAGAGACUCCGCGUGGGUCUUGAACAUUUUCCAGCAAAUAAUAGACGCGGUGGAGUACGUGCACUUGCAAGGGUUAAUCCAUAGAGAUCUAAAGCCGUCGAAUAUAUUCUUCGCUUACGACGACAAAGUAAAGAUUGGCGACUUCGGACUGGUCACCGCGAUGACUGAGGGCUACGACGGGGCUCAUACACCGGAAGAUGAAAAUACCAGCUUGGAAAGUGACGUGCACACCGCGUGCGUGGGCACGCACCUGUACAUGUCGCCUGAGCAGAUAAAUGGCCAAAUUUACAACUACAAAGUGGACAUUUAUUCCCUAGGAAUUAUUUUAUUUGAGCUGCUCACGCCGUUUCUCACCGACAUGGAGAGGAUAAUGGAGCUUUCGAACCUGAAAAAGUCCGUCUUUCCAAAAGACUUUGCGACGAAUCAUCCCGCUGAGUACAACUUGCUCAAAAUGAUGCUGGAUCAGAAUCCAGCGAAACGCCCCACAACUUUGGGUAUUAAGGCAACAAGGCUGACCUUGCAGAGUUGUGAGACAGUCGAUGGAUUAAGUGUAGACAAAGAUUCCAAGUGGCACUUCGAGCUGCCGCAAAUAACUAGACAAUUUUCUGCGAGCCAGUAGCAGCUGCAGCAACGAAUCAACGGAGAGCAUAGGUUUAACUACUUAAGUUACAAAUAUUUCUGAAACUUCUGUUGCCAAUAAGUGAUAAAGGAUUAUUUAUUCUUUCUCGUACAUGAUUUAUCCAUCCACGAAGUCAAAUACUCGUGUAAUUACAUGAAAUACCUUGCGUCACGUGGAUUCACGUUCGAUGUACGUCAAAAUAUUCUGUAAUUCCGAUCCAAUGGAUAAUCUUUCAUCUAUCGAUAGGUCGUCAUGUUUGUACCAUAUCAUACAACGUAGUUUCGUUUGUACAAUUCGAGUAUAACUGCACUGGCAUCGGUUAUGUCGCAAUAUUGUUAUAUUUUAAUAAAUAACUUUGAACAUAUUUUACAUCAGCAAAAUAUCUGAACAAUUAUAUUCAUUGUGUCCUUGGAUGAAUAUUCUAUCGCCAGUUCUUUUUUUAAUUAUUUGUUAAGCAUAUGUGAUACACUUACGCUCAUUAUUUUACUAAUAGGUAAUAUGUAAAUUUGCUUGUGCGCAUAAAUAAAAGUUAUUUUUUUAGAUA